AUUCAACCAUUUAAAUGAUGAAUUUCUUCUCAAAUAUUUUUGAACUUCUCAAAUUAUUUUAAAGUUGGCUCCGUUCAUUCUUAACCUUACUUUGAAGUACAACAUCCAGUUUCUUCUAUGAUGGGUACACUCUCUUGCUUCUGCAUCUUUCUGCCACAUGACAAAUCAUGGAACACUCCAUUGUUGAAAAUGAAAAUCCUAAAGCCAUUCCCAAUUUUCAAUUCUUUAAAAUCCCUAAAUCCAAUCCCAAAUUUCAAUUCUUUGAAAUCACACUCUUCAACAACUUCACCACAACAAAACCAAUUCACAAUAUCAUAUCUCGUUACCAAUUUCGGCUUCUCGUUAGAAACCGCUACAAAGGCUUCCAAACGCGUUCAUUUCACGACUUCCGAAAAGCCCGAUUCAGUAAUCGCCAUCUUCAGAAACUUCGGUUUCUCUGAUUCUCAGAUAAGCUUCAUCGUAAGUAAAGCGCCCAACAUUCUUACAUGUGACCCCCACAAAAGGAUUUUGUCAAAGUUUGAAUUUUUACUCUUAAAAGGUGCUUCAAAUUCUGAUGUAGUGGAGAUUGUGGUCAGAAGCCCUAGGAUUCUAUAUUCAAGUCUUGAGAAUUGCAUAAUCCCUACUUUUGAAUUGGUAAGAAGGUUCUUUCCAUCUAAUGAGAAAGUUAUUGAAUACAUACUUAAAUGUAGAUGUUUCUUUGGUCAUCGUAAUUUUGUUAAUAAUGUCAAGUUGUUGCUUGAUAUUGGAGUCACUGACUCAAAUAUAAGAUAUUUGUUACUUGAAACACCGUCUAUAUUUUUGAUUCAUGACAUGAGGAGUGCUUUGGGUAUGAUUAAGACAAUAGGAUUUAACGAUCCUUCCAAUGUAAAUUUUUGUUUAGCAUUGUUAGCGGAUAGGGCCAUGUCAGAAUCCAAAGUUAUUGUGUUUAAGAAAUGGGGUUGGUCUGAUGAAAUGAUUCUUGAAGCAUUUAGGAAGCGACCGUUGUGUCAUCUAUCAUCCACAGAGAAAAUUAAUAAGGUCAUGAGAUUUUGGGUGAAUGAGUUGGGUUGGUGCUCUUCGACUCUUGCCAAAAAGCCGGAUAUUUUUUCCUAUAGUUUGGAGAAUAGGAUCAUUCCGAGGGCCUCUGUUGUUUCAUAUCUGAUCUCCAAAGGUUUGAUAGAAAAGAAUGUUGAAUUGUCUACCCCUUUUGCUGUUAAGGAAAAGGUGUUUCUUGAAAAGUAUGUGCAAUGUUUUGAAGAGGAGAGACAUAAUUUGUUAAAGCUAUACCAUGAGAAAAUGGAUGGUAAGAAAAUCAAGGAAAAUGGUGAAGUGUCUGUAAGCGAUUGAAUGGUUAACUUGUAAGCGCAAGUUUUGUGUAAUGCAAUGUCCGAAGUUGCAAUUGACUUAACUUUAUUAUUUCAUUAUGGCGGGGUUGAAAAUUGGAGCCCUUGUUCAUGGAUGUAUUCUUCAAUUCCUGUUACAGUUGUCAUCAUGUGAUGUAUAUCAAAUAUUUAAUGCUUUAUAAUGAUUGAAACACAGAUACAGAUUCUUUAA